AUGGCCGCCACUAAGAUCCCGAUUGUCAAGAAGAGGACCAAGGCCUUUAAGCGCCACCACUCGGACCGCUACCACCGUGUCGGCGAGUCAUGGAGGAAGCCCAAGGGUAUCGACUCGUGCGUUCGUCGCCGAUUCAGGGGCACCAUUGCCAUGCCCAAGAUCGGCUACGGCUCCAACAAGAAGACGCGUCACCUCAUGCCCAACGGCUACCGACGAUUCGUCGUCUCCAACGUCAAGGACGUUGAGCUCCUCCUCAUGCACAACAACUCGUACGCUGCCGAGAUCGCUCACAACGUCAGCAGCAAGAAGCGCAUCGAGAUCCUCGAGAAGGCCAAGGUCCUCGGCAUCAAGGUCACCAACGCUGGUGCCCGUGUCCGCGCCGAGGAGGCCUAA